CGAGCUUCUCUCUCCCUGUACAAACAUCACCGAGACUUGACAUGCAGACAGCUAGACAAUAACAUCAUGUCGAAUGACCAGAAGAGUUAUGGCCUCUAUUGCCAGAAAUGCCGAACACCUCUCGAUGUCGAUGCCUCCGUCGACCAGCUCAACCCUGCAGCCUUCAAGCUCCUAACCGACUCAACUAUCACAGCUCAGCAGCAGAACCAGAAGAACAAUCCUCCACGCCAGUCGCGGCCGACAUAUCCAUCCUCCAGACACCAAACCUACGAAACCGCAAUACAGUCCGCAAGGAACCCCACAUUCAAGCGCAAUGUACCGUCUUCGAGAUUCCAGCAUGGUGGUCAGAAUCCUGCCAUGUCGUUCGUCAACGUGCACAUGUCGGAAUCGAUGAUGGACUCGCCUGAGCACCUACCCGCACCAGUACGCAGCCUAGAUCAGCAGUCACCAGCUGAAGGGACGCAAACACAGCUCACCACAGUCGAAGCGUCGAGGCAAUCGAGUAGUACUGCGGGUUCAGGGGCAGUUGGAGGAACUAGCCUUGCAGAUGGUCUGGAAACUACACAGCGGAUGUUUGAGAUACUAUCUGCGCGCUCAGACAUCGAUCACCCAAUAUGCGUUGAAUGUACAGAGCUUCUGGUGGACGGCCUACAAAAGCGGCUUGGAGUAGCGACUCGGGAACGCGACGCAUACGUGGACUACCUCCGCCGCGCCAACACAGAUGUACCCAGCGCUGAGGAGGUCAAGGCCGCUGACGCAGCCCUAAAGGCCGCUAAGAAGGCCGAGGCCGCUGCCAUCGCCAACCUAGAGAAGCUUGAAGAGGAGAAAGUAGACUUAGAUGCACAGUUGGCCGCGCUUGAAGCUGAGGCUCGCCAACUCGACCAGGAGGAGGAGGACUUUUGGAGAGACCGGAACGCCUUCAACUCCACCUUGACAGAGUUUCAAAACGAGCGCGAUGCUCUCACGGCACGGCAUGCUCAUGACACACAGAUCUUGAAUCAACUUCAACGAAGAAGCGUCUACAACGACACGUUCAACAUAACGCACGACAACCACUUUGCCACUAUAAACGGUCUCCGUCUUGGUCGCCUGCCACAUCCAUACGUCGACUGGCCUGAGAUCAAUGCUGCAUGGGGCCAAACGUGCCUCCUUCUCGCCACACUCGCUGAGCGUCUAGGCUACAAAUUUCAAAACUAUGAGCUUUCUCCCAUGGGCUCAACUUCCACUAUCUUGAAGCAUGAAAUCAAGAAUGGUACUUCUGUAGCCGAUACGCGAGCGUCCACAGCUAGUUCGCCCAACAUCCAAAAGCAGCGUCUCGAGCUGUAUUCAUCGGGUGACUUCCCUAUCAAUUUCGGUUUCUUGCACCGUAAAUUCGACACCGCCAUGGUAGCUUUUCUUGAAUGCUUGCGGCAGCUUGGCGAAUUUGUAGAGAAUCAAGGUGUUGAUGCUGGAAGUAGCUUGCGUGUGGGUAUGGGCGGACCCGGCGUUAAGAUGCCGUACGAGAUACGCAAAGAUCGUAUCCAUGAUCAGAGCAUUAAACUAGCGCUGAACAAAGAAGAGAGCUGGACAAAGGCGUGUAAGUACACACUGACAUGUUGCAAGUACUUGCUCGCGCAUGCGAACAAUGUUGAAAGUAUGGCUGCUAGGAGAAGAUGAUCUGGGCGAGAAGUAUAACAAUAGACGAUACCCACAAACAAGUAGGAUGGUCGCCUCGGUUUUUUAGCGGUUGCUGCCUCCUGAGUUUUUGCACACAAGUCCAGCCAUUUACACGAGAAGGUCUGCACUAAUGUAAGUCAAAUGUGCUCAUGCCUUCAUCACUUGGUUUCGAGUGCAUUAUCACCAAUUACACCAGACCCGGCA